AUGGUGUUUAAAAGUUUGCUCGUUGUGCUUUGCGUGGUAGCUGCCAUUUUGGCAGACGAGAAGUCAACUUACACUGAUAAAUAUGACAACAUCAAUUUAAAGGAAAUCAAGGACAAUAAGAGAUUACUUGAGGCAUACGCAAACUGUGUCCUCGAUAAAGGGAAAUGCACCCCCGAGGGAAAAGAGCUAAAGGAUAAUCUUCAAGAAGCGAUAGAAACAGGCUGUGAGAAAUGCACAGAAAAGCAAGAGAAAGGAGCAUAUGAAAUUAUUGAGCACUUAAUUGAGCAUGAAAAUGAAAUUUGGAAUGAACUAUGCGCCAAAUUCGAUCCCGAAGGCAAGUGGAGGAAGAAAUACGAAGACCGCGCCAAGGCGAACGGCAUUAAAAUCCCAGAAUAA